AUGGAAUCGGUCCAAGACUCAUUCGUUCGUGGUAAUCACCAGAAUAGGAUAGUUUCUAGUUUAUUGGGGGUCAGAAUCGAUAAUUCGAAAACCGUAAGCCUUGAAAAUGGUGGGCUUGUAUCCUUUCCAGAUGAAAUUUUACCGUUUACUCAAUUACAGGCAUGCCAUUAUUGCCUAAUAUUUUUAAAGCGUCUCUCUCUUUACGGUAAUCGGGUCUGUUCGCUGCCAGACUACUUUUUUGACUCGUUUCCUCAAUUAAUUUGGUUGGAUCUUCGCUUUAACUCUCUUUCAUUUAUUCCUCGAAAGAUCAAAAAUUUGUCGAAGGUUAAAAACCUUCUGAUUGGACACAAUAGCAUAUACAGAUUGUGUCUGGAACUCGGAGGAAUGGAAAAUCUUAUAGGGCUUAACAUUGAAGGAAAUCCUCUUCGAUUUCCCCCAAAAAAUAUUAUCAAUAGAGGUUCUAAAUAUGUGUUGAAAUAUCUCAAAGAAUGCUAUGCAAAACGGACUCAUCUGGAGAACGAAAUUAAGGCACAGGCUUCCUCGUUUAUUGAUCCACAAACAUAUAUUGACGAACUGGCAAUUGAAAAUGUGAAUAAGGCGAUUUUGUCGUGGGAAAGUGGCCAAGAUACCCAAACUACUUCGCGAACAUUGCCAUCUCUGUAUAAAUCUAAACUUCAUCGUCGAAUAGUAGAAAAACUUCGAAAAUUUCCCGAAAUUAGAAGAGACCGUCAAAUGGUUUAUGAAUGGAAAACAAAUUAUCGAAAUAAACAAAAUUCGCUUUUUUCCAUAUAUCAGGAAAAGUUGCCCAAGGAAAUUAAGGAAGGUGGUUGA